CUGACGCUGCGUGCGCCAAAAGCAGCACUGCAGCAGCAGGUCCAGCCGUCGCCCCCACUUCCCACCACUGCCACGCGCGCGCCGGAUCGAGGGAGGGCACGCAGACGCGGAGGAGGGAGGAUGAGUCUCUUCGGGCUUGGACGGAACCAGAAGACAUUCCGCCCCAAGAAGAGCGCUCCAUCAGGCAGCAAGGGAGCACAGCUCCGUAAGCACAUAGAUGCCACUCUCGGCAGUGGAAACCUUAGGGAAGCUGUGAGGUUGCCUCCUGGAGAGGAUAUCAAUGAAUGGCUUGCUGUGAAUACCGUGGAUUUCUUUAACCAAGUUAAUAUGCUGUAUGGCACGCUCACAGAAUUCUGCACACCUGAGAGCUGCCCAACAAUGACAGCUGGCCCAAAGUAUGAGUACAGAUGGGCUGAUGGUGUGCAGAUAAAGAAACCCAUAGAGGUAUCAGCACCAAAAUAUAUGGAGUAUCUGAUGGAUUGGAUUGAAGGCCAGCUUGACGAUGAAUCCAUAUUUCCUCAAAAACUUGGCACACCAUUCCCACCAAACUUCAAGGAAGUAGUGAAGACGAUAUUCAAGCGCUUGUUUCGUGUUUAUGCCCACAUAUACCACUCGCAUUUCCAGAAGAUUGUUAGCCUUAAAGAGGAGGCCCAUCUCAAUACCUGUUUCAAGCACUUCAUUCUGUUUACAAAUGAGUUUGGCCUGAUUGACAAGAAGGAGCUGGCUCCACUCCAGGAGCUCAUUGAAUCCAUCAUCGUUCCUUACUGAGACUACGGUGUAGUAAACGUGGAUAUAGAGCUCUCAGUGCAGAUGGCUGUGAAGUGUCCAUCCGUGACAGAACUUCACUGCAUAGAGCUAUAUGUGCAUGUACCUGUGUGUUUCUAAAUGAUCAUGUAUUGGCCAUGUAAGUGUGCCUGUUAUCAGUUAUAGAAGGGUGAUGAUGAUCAUGUACUGCAAAAAGAGAAAGCACAAGAAUGUGUUGGAUUGAUGUAUGCAGUGUUUAUUUUCCUCCUGGUUGUGGAACCGUCAGUUUGUCUGCUUAUUGCUAGACAUUCUCUCCGUUCU